CUCUCAGAAGCAGAAGUCUCUAAUCUAAUCAUAAUCUAGCAUAGCUUUAAUACUAUAACUAUAUCAGCUUUUAAUAUUUACCCUGAAAUUAGAUACCGGUAAUUUUAUUAGUUUUCGUACUUUUAUAUCUAGAUAAGUUACAUUUUGCAAAUUUACAUUAUUAGGCUAAGUAUUUGGCCAAGUUUUAGGUUAGGCUUAGGUAGCUUGCAAUUGUGUUGUUUUACAAAAAUAGGCUUCACUCAACCUCGUUGAUAUUUUUGAUAUGGAAAAUGACAUUUUGGAUGCAUUCAAAGACAUUGGGUAUGACAACAUAAAUUCUGAAAAACUUGAAAAUGCUGUUGCUGAGGGACCAAAGUCAGUUGAAUAUACUCGUUUGGUGGAAUGGUUAUCGAAGGAAUUAAAAUUACUUUGCAACCUGGAUGAACAUGUGAAUUCCAUUUCCAGCCCAGAUGAUUCAAGCUCGUUUCUCUUGGAAGUCAGUAGCUUUCUCAAGGAAUUAGGAUGCCAGUACGGUUUGUUGACAGAAGGCAAUGUAAAUCAGCGGCUGAUGUCGAGAGACCAGCGACUGCUCCUCCUGGAUUUCCUGCUAAGUGAAUUGGCGGCAGCUCGAAUCCUGGCUGUAGAUCGUCCUGAUACUAGAAACAACAUGGAGGUGACUCUUCAAGAGAGUUCAACGGCUGCAGACCUAAAAAAUCUCCUGAUUGCCCUUAAGUUUCCAAAACCUCCAGCUAACAUCACCUCAGAAGUGCUGUUUGGAAAAGUAGUAAACAAGACCAAAGAGGUGAUAAGCAAAGCACCGCCUGCCCUUGUUGCCAAGCCUCUGUUUACGGGUGUCCUGUCCGACAAGCAAUGGCAUCAGGUCAAAGACACGCAGACCGAACUACACAAAGAAUACAAGAUGCGAAGAGAAAUGUUGACAAAACGGCUAGAUGUCACCAUUCAAUCGUUUGGGUGGUCUGACCGACUGAAAAACCAACAAGACCGAAUUGUGACGGUAUAUGGAACAAAACGGAACACCAUGAAGGUAGAGCCCGACGUUGACUUGGCGGACAUGUUGGCUGCUCGUGAGGACCUCGCCAUCUUGGAAAAGACAUCAAAUGCCUCAGUCCGCAAACACACACAGUCCUCCAUCAACAAAGUGAUGAUUGGACGGGUUCCGGACAGAGGGGGUAGGCCGAGCGAACAACAACCACCUCCCCCUGAGAUGCCCAGCUGGCAACAGCGGCCAGGUGGUGGUGGUGGUGGUGGAGGAGGAGGGGGCAGAGGAGGAGGUGGAUUUCAAGGAGGCGGUGACCGAGGUGGAAGAGUUCAAGGAGGUUGGAAUCAAGGAGGUGGUGGCUAUCAGGGCGGCGGAUACCAGAACAGAGGAGGAAGAGGGGGAUAUAAUGACAAUAGGGGAGGUGGUUAUCAAGACAAUAGAGGGUACCGUGAUAAUAGAAGUGGUGGGUACCAAGACAGGGGUGGGCACCAAGACAAGGGAGGGUACCAAGACAGGGGAGGCUACCAAGAUAGAGGAGGGUACCAAGACAGGGGAGAGCGAGGCGGGGGGAGGGGUGGUAGAGGAGGGAGGAGAGGAUACUAACUCAUCCUUGCAUCACGAUAAUUGAACCUGCAAUCUCACCGACUGAUAUUCUUUUAAUUUAUUUUUUAGGUUUAUUUUUUGUUUACCUUUUGUCUUGCAAAACUUUUGUGAAUUGAAAUAAUAACAUGUAUACUGAAUAUGCUGGAAUGGUUGUUUUUACUAAGCAAUUUACCAUGUGAUUGAAUUUACUUUUGUAAUAGAACUUUAUUGUGAUUCUUUAAAAUGAUGUUCAACUGUU